GCCAGUUCCAGAGGCUCUGCUUCCAUCACUGUUGGUGCCACAGACUCUACACACAAGAUUGCCGGUGCCAGUGCCGGAGACUGUGCUUCCAUCACUGCUGGUGCCACAGACUCUACAUACAGGAUCGCCGGUGCCGGUGCCAGAGACUGUGCUUUCAUCACUGCUGGUGCCACAGACUCUACAUACAGGAUCGCCGGUGCCGGUGCCAGAGACUGUGCUUUCAUCAGUGCCGGUGCCAGAGACUGUGCUUUCAUCAGUGCCGGUGUCAGAGACUGUGCUUCCAUCAGUGCUGGUGCCAGAGACUGUGCUUCCAUCACUGUCGGCGCCAGAGACUGUCUUCCCAAGAGUGCCAGUGUCGGCGCCAGAGGCUGUGCUCCCAUCAGUGCCAAUGUUGAUGCCACACACUGUGCAUACAACAUUGCCAGUGGCGGAGGCAGAGACUCUCUUUCCAACAGUGCCAGUGGCGGAGGCAGAGACUCUCUUUCCAACAGUGCCAGUGGCGGAGGCACAGACUCUCUUUCCAACAGUGCCAGUGGCGGAGGCACAGACUCUCUUUCCGACAGUGCAGGUGCCGACAGCACAGACUCUCUUUCCGACAGUGCCACUGGCGGAGGCACAGACUCUCUUUCCAACAGUGCCAGUGCCGACACCACAGGAUGUCUUUCCGACAGUGCCAGUGGCGCAGGCACAGACUCUCUCCAACAGUGCCAGUGCCGACAGCACAGACUCUCUUUCCGACAGUGCCAGUGGCGGAGGCAGAGACUCUCUCUCCAACAGUGCCAGUGCCGACAGCACAGACCCUCUUUCCGACAGUGCCAAUGGCGGAGGUAGAGACUCUCUUUCCAAUAGUGCCAGUGGCGGAGGCACAGACUUUCUCUUCAACAGUGCCACUGCCGAAAGCACAGAAUGUCUUUCCGACAGUGCCAGUGGCGCAGGCACAGACUCUCUCUCCAACAGUGCCAGUGCCGACACCACAGGAUGUCUUUCCGACAGUGCCAGUGGCGGAGGCACAGACCGUGCUUCCAACAUUACCACUACCAGCGACGUGGGUGCAUGGUCAAGAUGCGCUAGUGGCACCACAGUCUGUGCGAUUUCUACCCUCGUCAAUGUCGGCGCUGCGGCAGUGCGAUGAAGUGCACGUCCCAUUUACGUGGCAUCGGGAACAAGUACCGGUGGCGGCGGCGGCGGUACCCACCACUCAUUCUGUAUUAUCGAAUGACCAUCGGCAGACGAUGUCGACAGAUAUUUAUUCAUCAUCGCUUCACUCUGGAUUUUGUCCACCAUCGCUUCAAUCGGCAUUUAGUCCACCGAUGGCUCAUCACCUUUCUAAGGCAGUUUUUGGAGAUGACUCCUCCUCGACAUGGUCUGAGGCGAGCGAAGACUCUAAUUCGUUAUUACGUCAAUUGCUGACAGCACCGCUUAAAAAGAAUACGUAUUUUUCACCGAUGCAGAGCGCAUUUCAAGCUCUGUCAAAAUUGUCGGAAGCGGAAUCGUGCUCUACCCCGUCCUUUCCCUCGGAGGAGCAGCUGGAAAGGGAAUACGAGUCUGUUACCACUUUACAACAACUAGUGGCCAUCACCCUAAACGACGACGUUCCAGUCACUCCUUCGAGCGUUACGGGUGAAGAUAUGACAGACGAGGACGUGGCAAUGGUAGCCGACCUGAUUGAUUCGGUCUACAAAAAAGACUCUAAAAGCGACAAAGUAGAAGAUUUCUUUGAAACUGCUCUGCAUCAGGCCAUGUGUGAAUACAAUUGCCAACACGAAGGAGACGAAGAAGAGGAGGAGGUCAAACGCCUGCUUGUGGACCUGGUGAAUAAGGUGGUGGCGAAAGUUGUGACGGAGACUGAAGAGCUCGACGAGGAGGUCAUCCUUCCCCCAAAAAGUCACAAGAUUCCAUCCUUGCAGGAGCAGCGGAGCAAGACCAUGUCUCUUUAUGACGAAAUACAAGAAUAUCUAGACAGUUUAGAUUAUGAGGUGUAAAUAAAGAAUUGUACAUAUACCGGA